GAUGCUCGCGGUGCGUGUCCGUGGCAGCGCUCCCCCGGCAGCAGCAGCAGCAGCAGCAUGUCCACAGUGAUGAGUGGCUUAUUGAAUAUGGCGAGUCUCGCGGAUUUCGAGCCGCUCGCAGCGGUGAUUCCCGCCACGAAAGUUGAGAUCACCGUGUCGUGCAGAAACCUCUUGGACAGAGACACCUUCUCAAAAUCUGAUCCAAUUUGUGUGCUGUACACUCAGACUGUGGCAAACAGGGAGUGGAGGGAGUUUGGCAGGACAGAAGUCAUUGAUAACACGCUGAAUCCAGACUUUGUGCACAAAUUCAUCCUCGAUUACUUCUUCGAAGAGAGACAAAAUUUACGCUUUGACCUGUAUGACCUCGACUCAAAGAGUGAAAACCUGUCCAAACAUGACUUCCUGGGCCAGAUGUGCUGUACUCUCGGAGAGGUGGUGGGCUCUCAGGGUAGUCGUAUGGAAAGAUCGCUUGUAGGCAUUCCUGGCAAGAACUGUGGAACUAUUAUUGUGAAAGCUGAAGAACUUGGAAAUUGCAGGGAGUCAGUAUUGAUGCAGUUUUGUGGCAACAAACUGGACAAGAAAGAUUUCUUUGGAAAGUCAGACCCUUUCUUGGUCUUUUACCGUAGCAAUAAAGAUGGAACGUUUACCAUCUGUCAUAAGACGGAGGUGGUGAAAAACACGCUGGACCCUGUAUGGCAAGCCUUCAAGAUCCCAGUCAGAGCUCUGUGUAACGGGGACUAUGACAGAGCAAUAAAAAUCGAAGUGUAUGACUGGGACAGAGAUGGAGGUCAUGACUACAUCGGCGAGUUCAGCACCAGCUACAGGGAGCUCUCUAAAGGCCACUCUCAGUUUACUGUAUGGGAGGUGCUGAACCCCAAGAAAAAGAAAAAAAAGAAGAAAUAUCUAAAUUCAGGAACCGUCACUCUGCUGUCCUGCUUCAUCGAUGUCGAGGUUACAUUUCUGGACUACAUCAAAGGAGGCACUCAAAUUAACUUCACAGUGGCCAUUGAUUUUACUGCGUCAAACGGCAACCCUUCCCAGCCUACCUCUCUACACUACAUGAGCCCGUAUCAUCUGAAUGCGUAUGCACUGGCCCUCAGAGCCGUGGGGGAGAUUAUUCAGGACUAUGACAGUGAUAAGCUGUUCCCUGCACUGGGCUUUGGUGCAAAACUGCCACCCGAUGGCCGCAUAUCUCAUGAAUUCCCCCUGAACGGGAACCCAGAAAACCCAUACUGCAGUGGGAUAGAGGGCGUUCUAGAGGCGUAUUAUCAGAGUCUGAAGUCUGUUCGUCUCUAUGGACCAACAUACUUCUCACCUGUUAUUAAUCAUGUAGCAAGAUAUGCUUCAUUAGUAAAGGAUGGCUCCGAAUACUUCAUCCUCCUCAUCAUCUCUGAUGGGGUCAUCUCAGACAUGGCUCAGACGAAAGAAUCCAUCGUAAAUGCCUCGAGUCUUCCCAUGUCAAUUAUCAUCGUUGGGGUCGGGCCAGCUGAGUUUGAUGAGAUGAUUGAACUAGAUGGCGAUGAGGUCAGGAUAUCAUCCAGGGGUCGCUUUGCGGAGAGAGACAUCGUGCAGUUCGUUCCUUUCCGAGACUACAUCGAUCGCCGCGGGAAUCACAUCCUCAGCAUGGCCCGUCUGGCCAAAGACGUUCUUGCGGAAAUCCCCGAUCAGUUCCUCCAGUACAUGAGGAGCAGAGGCAUCAAAGCUCAGCACCCGUCCAAACCCCCAGCGACACUCGUCCACCCCGUCCAGCCGCUGCAGACGCAGAUCUGAGCCAUCCGUCGUCCUCUCGUCGGUUCACUGUCACUCUCAGGAUCACACAUGGCCUGUCUGAGCGAAACGCUGGCCUUCUGCAUGCUGUGCUUCAGUGUGUAGGGUGACGUCGGGCGCGCUGAGCUUUCAGAAGGUGUUUCAGACACUUUUAAAGUAUCGAGUGGCCUCUUCAGUCAGUCAAGCAUCAGAAAUAUGACUUCACAGUCUCUCGUACUAUCAUCUCCUGUUCUCAUGUCUGACGAACUUCUGCAUACGUUUACAAUUGUACCGUUUUCUACUAAUUGAUCUGAGCUGCUUAACAAUGAAAUUGACUCAUUUUAUUACAUGGCGUUGUAAAUAGAGCGAGUGUGAUUUUAGAAGAAGCAUGAAUCCACCCUUGGUAGCAAUGUUAGAGAAACUUUCAUGCUGUUGUGCGAGGUUUUCAAAUUAUUUUACUAUUUCAGUAUUUCAUAUACAGUACUUGGUCAUUUGACUGCCUCAAACUGUAAUGAAUUUGUGCUUAGCUUUAGCGGCAUUAGCACAGCACUGAAGUUUAAAAGCCUUACUCUCAGUUAAAGGAACAGUUCACCCGAAAUGAAAUCUCUGUCAUUAUUUACUCAUCCUCAAAACACGUAUGAUUCAGAUUUAUAAACUAUCAUUAUUACCUGUUUUGACAGUGAUCUCCAAUUCUAAAUUUAAUUAAAUGAUGUAUUACACAAAUAUAAAACUGACGACUUGGCAACACUGUUACCAUUUAUGUUCCUUGAAUGGAAAAGAGCAGCAUUAACUUUGUGCUAAAGAUUCUUUUUCCUGCGUGAUAUUCAUUUUUGGGUGAACUGUUCCUUUAAAGACCGAACUGUAGCUGCUCUCAAUAUCUAUAUCCAAGCACAGAAAUGGAUACACAAGUAGCCUCAUACACAAGUAGCAUAUGCUUUCAAGCAUGCACCACCCACACAAACAGCGUGUUUUGUUUGCGUUUGUAAUCAAUAGUCUGCAUGCAGAAAAAAAAGGUGUUUUAUUUGGAAAAGGUGCAAAAUGUGCAGAUCGGUAUGUUUAAGAACAUAAAAACAUGGUUAAUAAUAAAAACUGUCUAAAACGAGAACUGCUAGGUCCUCACCCUCCACGCAAUCCAAGAUGAAGAUGAGUUAGUUUCUUCAUCAGAUUUGGAUAAUUGUACACUUGCUCAACAGUGGAUGCUCUGCAGUGAAUGGGUGCCGUCAGAAUGAGAGUCCAAACAUCUGAUAAAAACAUGACAAUAAUCCACAAGUAAUUCACACCACUCCAGUCCACCAGUUAUCAGUUGUUUGGACUCUCAUUCUGACGGCACCCAUUCACUUGCAAAGGAUGUAAUGUUCGGAUAAAGAAACAUUCAACAAACUCAUCUGGCCUAAGAGUGAGUAUACUUUCAUCAAAUAGUUUAAUCUGACAGAAGAGCAAGUCAGCCAGUGGUAAAAAAAUCAUUUUUCAUUUUUAAAAGAAAUGAGAUAUUUAAAAUCAACUUGUAAAAGAACACAUGUUAAGAUUGUAUGGUAUGUUUCAUUUAGAAUUGGUAAGAUGGAACUGACAUCACAUGUGGAAAGAUUCUCCUCAAAAUAUCACAUGGAUCAUCAAGAACAAAAUUAUAUAAAAUAGCCAAACAAUGCUCAGCGACAUCUGGUUAAACCGUCUUUAACAAAAAUAAAAAACUAUCGGCAGCACUUCACGUAUCUCCUGAGAUCGCGCCAGCCAGUGUCAGAUGUGCUCUUUCUGCCCCAAACCCUUCAUAUUUCAGCAAGAAAAUACACGAGCGAGCCAUGACCCCAGCAACCCUGGGAAAAAAUAACUUAAACACAGGCACAGAGCUAAGACUUCAUUUAUUUAACAUGACAGUGUGUCAACGUCAAACUCACACCCACUCAUGCUGCAUGCUGUAUUAUCUCUAUAAAUCAUGCAGAAAACAUGCGUCAAAAUGUAACCGUGUGUGGGAUGGAAACGCUGUUUCCCUAGUUUUUCCAUAUGGGUUCAGACAUUAUCACUGCAGUUUUCCUCAUUUAUGGUCUAAUUGAUCUGCACUUUAUCACAAACUGAACUUCUUCUUUAGACUAUUUGAACAUUGACUAUGAUCAUUCAUGAACGAGAAAUGUGCAGCUAAAUACCUUGAGAUGAACAAUAUAACUUCUUGUUGGUUUAAAAACCAAGUACUUUGACUGCAUGGCUAAUGAAUUGUUUACAAGUAGCAGAUAUUGUGCAUUUAAUCUCAGGUGUGAUGACCCUUAUUUGUGAAAGUGGUGAUAGGUGCCAGUUAGCUUAGUUAGGACAGUUCACCUGCUCAUUACACCUCAGAAGGUUCGAGGUGGUGUUAGUUGGGUGUAGCUUGUUUAAUGGUAUUUUUUGCUUAAGCACAGCACUGGCUGAACAGCAUGAAUUUUAGGAACCUGGAUCAUUUUGGUGAGAAUUUAAGAUAAACUUAGGUGGGCUUAUAGAAGUCCUGUAUCAUAUAAACACAGCUAUUGUUUAUCUUUGUUACAUAUGAAUUCACAGUUUAAUAUUGCCUGCAUCAUGUCUGCAUGAGCAGAAUUUUUAAUGAAAUGCACUUCUUUCAUAGAUUGUUUGUUUUAGAAAUGAAUUUUGCCUUAAUAGAGUAUUUAUUUGUGGUAUGCGAAAUUGACCAUAUUCUUUUGUUGCAUUUUUAAUUUCUUUUUGAAACACUUUCCUUGUGCAGUUACUCAAAAAUAAUGAAUUUUAUGAAUGAGAUGCAUGCAGGUGCUGUUAAAUCAGUGUAGUCUGGCGUUAAAUGCGCUCAUAAAUAAAUCAAGUGUAGCACUUAUCAGUGCAAGAACGUAAUUAUUUAAAAUGUUUAUUUUUACCAAGAUGGACCCAAUUAUCAAUAUAGACCCAAUCGCAAUGCAAUAUCUUAAACAAAAAGGCACAACUUUUGACCAAAGUUACAUUUUAUAAUUGUUUCCAAAUCUAGAAUGGUUUGUUAUGACAAACCAAAGAAAGACUUGGUGAACACUGAAUAUCAAUACAACAAAUACAAAUAAAAAAAACAUAUGCUGUAAUAAUUAUAAUGACUAUUAAUGAAAUGAUGCCCUCU